GGGUGGGUUCUGAACAUGGCGGCGGUGGUAGCUGCUACGGCGCUGAAGGGCCGGGGGGCGAGAAAUGCCCGCGUCCUCCGGGGGAUUCUCUCAGGAGCCACAGCUAACAAGGCUUCCCAGAACAGGACCCGGGCACUGCAAAGCCACAGCUCCCCAGAGUGCAAGGAGGAGCCUGAGCCCCUAUCCCCUGCACUGGAAUACAUUCCCAGAAAGAGGGGCAAGAACCCAAUGAAAGCUGUGGGACUAGCCUGGGCCAUCGGCUUCCCCUGUGGUAUCCUCCUCUUCAUCCUCACCAAGCGGGAAGUGGACAAGGACCGUUUGAAGCAGAUGAAGGCUCGGCAGAACAUGCGGGCAUCCAACACGGGCGAGUAUGAGAGCCAGAGGUUCAGGGCCUCCUCCCAUCAUGCCCCGACUCCUGAAGAUGGGUCCCCGGGUGCAGUGGUGAGGAACACUGCCACUCUCCCCUAGACUGUAUUGAUUGUGGUCUCCAGACUGUCAAUUCCUUUCUGGUUUUUGCCUCUGAGGCCCACCAGAGGGCGCAUGAAGCCCAGGCUGCUGCCAGCCCCAUCCCUCCCAAGAAACCAGCCAAAGGCAAAUAAAGUUACUGAGUGUUUGAGUGGAAAGGAA